GGACAACAUGAUUGUCAAAUGCCACCCUUUUUUAAUUAUCUACAGCUCUGCUUUCGGUCUCCGCAAUCCCCUGCAGCCCCACAUCCCCCCCUUAUCUCUACCACCUCCUCCUCAGCUCCCCUUCAUUCCCAUUUCCUUCUGCAGAAAAAUUUACAGAGAGCUGAAACCAGCAGACACUCUGUUUUGUGAUUUGUAAUUUGGGAUUUGGGGUUCGGCAAGAGUCUCUGUUCACUUGUUGAGAACUUGAGCCAUGGCAUUUGCAGGAACCACCCAGAAAUGCAUGGCCUGCGACAAAACUGUCUACCUUGUGGACAAGCUAACAGCGGAUAACAGAGUCUACCACAAAGCCUGCUUCCGCUGUCAUCACUGCAGAGGAACCCUCAAGCUGGGCAACUACAAUUCCUUUGAGGGGGUUCUGUACUGCAGGCCACACUUUGACCAACUCUUCAAGAGGACUGGCAGUCUGGAAAAGAGCUUUGAAGGGACCCCAAAAAUUGUUAAGCCAGAGAAACCUGCUGACAGUGAGAAACCCAUCGCAAAUAAAGUCUCAAACAUGUUUGGAGGAACCAGAGAAAAAUGUGUUGGCUGUAACAAGACAGUGUAUCCAACUGAAAGGGUAACUGUGAAUGGGACUGCUUACCACAAGAGCUGUUUCAAGUGCACUCAUGGAGGGUGUGUGAUAAGCCCAUCCAACUAUAUAGCACACGAGGGCAAACUUUAUUGCAAACACCACCACACCCAACUGAUAAGGGAGAAGGGCAAUCUAAGCCAGCUUGAGGGCGACCAUGGGAAGGAUCCAGUGAAUGGGAAAGCUAAUGCCAGAGAAGUUGCUGCUGAAUCCUGAACUGCCGAAAGAACUAUAUAUGUCUUUUGCAUAUCAGUUUUAUCUGAUGUUUCUUCUGACCACAUUCACUUCUAUGUUGCUGCCUCCCAUGGGGUGUACUUCUCUUCCUGCACUUUGAAAUGAUUUUUCGCUGAGACGAAACUAGUGAUGCUUCCAGUUCAUGUGUGUGAGCAUUUAGUUGUAUUCUCCAAAUUCUAUAUAUGGUGAUUUUGAAGCUAGCAUAAGAUAUUGAAACCUAUUUGAUUAUUGUUUAAAUUGAUUUUUGUACUAGUAAUCCUUGGAUCAA